CCUCAGUCUCCGUCUUCUCCCCCUAUCUGAUAAACCCUACUCAAAAUCUUUCUCUCUUAUCUCAAUUCAAUCUCAACAGUUUUGCCUCCCGAGAACGCCCUGGUUCGUCAAAUUUCUCAAGAAUUCCAUUGCUUCUUGUAUAUUUGCACGCGUACAUAUGCAUCAUAGAAGCUUGAAUUGGGAUUUUUGUUAGAGGUUAUCUGCAAUUUCCAUUGACUACUCAAUGUCACUGAGAUAGGAUUUGGAGAAUAAAGGGAAAUUAAGCAGCUUGGAAGUAUGAAGACCCUCUUUAGAAGCCAAGGAAUAAUCUUCCACUGUUCUCCAAACUGCUGUUCCAUUUUCGCAUUUGGUGUAAAGUUAUCAUCAUCUUGGAAUGGGCCUUCUGAUCACGAUUCAACAGCUGUCUCCUCUGUUGAUGGGGAUAAUGCAGAACACUUGCCAAAAUUGGAUGCGGUAAGAGGAGGGGUCAGUAGUGUGUGUCAGAUCUUGGAGAGUGGUCCCUGGGGACCUUCCAUGGAAAAUGCUCUCUCUCUGUGCAACGAAAAACCUCAGACAGAGUUAGUCAUUGGUGUUUUAAAGAGGCUUAAGGAUGUUAAUGUAGCAUUGAAAUAUUUUCGAUGGGCGGAGACAAAAAGCAACCAGGCACAUUGUCCAGAAGCAUAUAAUUCUUUACUCAUGCUAAUGGGGAGAAGCAAAAACUACGAUUGUUUGGAGCAGAUUUUGGAAGAAAUGAGCCUAGCUGGGUUUGGCCCAUCUCCUAAUACAUGUAUUGAGUUAGUUGCGAGUUGCGUCAAGUCUCAGAAGCUACGAGAAGCAUUUGACCUCAUACAGUCCAUGAGAAAGUUCAAAAUUCGCCCUGCAUUUUCAGCUUAUACAACUCUAAUCGGUGCUUUAUCUUCCGUUCACGAACCUGACCUCAUGCUCACUCUUUUUCAUCAGAUGCAAGAGUUAGGCUACGAAGUAAAUGUGCAUUUAUUCACCACCCUUAUUCGUGUAUUUGCCAAGGAGGGUCGCGUUGAUGCUGCUCUUUCUUUGUUAGACGAUUUGAAAAGCAACUCUUUAAAUGCCGAUAUUGUUCUAUAUAAUGUAUGUAUAGACUGCUUUGGCAAAGCGGGCAAGGUGGAUAUGGCUUGGAAGUUCUUUCAUGAGAUGAAAGUGCAUGGCCUUAUGCCCGAUGAUGUCACAUAUACAAGCAUGAUAGGAGUUCUUUGCAAAGCUAAUAGGCUGGAUGAAGCUGUGGAGCUAUUUGAACAUAUGGAACUUAACAGAAAAGUGCCAUGUGCAUAUGCUUAUAACACCAUGAUCAUGGGAUAUGGUUCCGCUGGAAAGUUCCAAGAAGCUUACGACUUACUUGAAAGACAAAAGCUGAAGGGUAGCAUUCCUAGUGUGAUUGCUUAUAAUUGUAUUCUCACAUGCCUUGGGAAGAAAGGGACAGUAGAUGAGGGUUUAAGGAUAUUUGAGGAAAUGAAGAGAGAUGCUACUCCCAAUCUUUCAACCUAUAAUAUUCUCAUAGACAUGCUUUGCAAGGCAGGGAAACUUCAAUCUGCUUUGGAGAUUCGGGAUUCCAUGAAAGAAGCUGGCUUAUUUCCAAACGUUUUGACCAUGAAUAUAAUGAUUGAUAGGCUAUGUAAGGCUCAAAAAAUCGACGAAGCUUGCUCUUUAUUUGAAGGAAUGGAUCACAAAGUUUGUACCCCAAAUGCAUUUACAUUUUGUUCUCUGAUAGAUGGUUUGGGCAGAAAUGGCAGAGUAGAUGAUGCAUACAGGCUUUAUGAACAGAUGUUAGAUUCUGGUAGGGUUCCGGAUGCUAUAGUCUAUACAUCCCUCAUUCGGAAUUUUUUCAAGUGUGGUCGGAAAGAUGACGGUCACAAAGUGUACAAAGAAAUGGUCCAUAUGGGUGUUUCUCCUGACCUUACUCUACUUAAUACGUACAUGGAUUGUGUUUUCAAGUCCGGUGAAACUGAGAAAGGCAGGAGUUUAUUUAAGGAAAUUAAGGCUCAAGGGUUCACCCCAGAUGUGCGGAGCUAUUCUAUAUUAAUUCAUGGCCUUAUAAAAGCAGGCUUUGCACGUGAGACUAAUGAGUUGUUCUUCUUUAUGAAGGAACAAGGAUGUGUUUUGGAUACCCUUGCUUACAACACUGUUAUUGAUGGGUUUUGCAAAUCAGGUAAGGUUAAUAAAGCUUACCAGCUGCUGGAGGAGAUGAAGGUUAAGGGUCACCCGCCUACUGUGGUCACUUAUGGAUCUGUUAUUGAUGGGCUUGCUAAGAUUGACAGGCUUGAUGAAGCUUAUAUGCUUUUUGAAGAAGCAAAAUCUAAAGGUGUGGAAUUGAAUGUAGUUGUGUAUAGUAGUCUCGUUGAUGGAUUUGGCAAGGUGGGUAGAAUUGAUGAAGCAUAUCUGAUAAUGGAAGAGUUAAUGCAAAAGGGAUUAACGCCAAAUGUAUACACAUGGAAUUGCUUGCUUGAUGCAUUAGUAAAGGCAGAGGAAAUUAAUGAAGCCCUUGUUUGCUUUAAUUCCAUGAAAGACUUGAAAUGCCCUCCUAAUGCCAUAACUUACAGCAUUCUCAUAAAUGGUCUUUGUAGGGUUCGAAAGUUCAAUAAGGCAUUUGUGUUUUGGCAGGAGAUGCAGAAACAAGGGUUUAAACCCAAUAUGAUCACUUACACCACCAUGAUUUCAGGUCUUGCAAAAGCAGGAAACAUAUUGGAGGCUAAUGGACUCUUUGAAAGGUUCAAGGCAAAUGGGGGUAUGCCUGAUGCUGGUUGUUAUAAUACUAUGAUUGAGGGGUUGAGCAUCUCUAACAGGGCAACAGAAGCGUACUCGCUUUUUGAGGAAACUCGGUUGAAAGGUUGUAACAUUUAUACCAAGACUUGUGUAGUUCUCCUGGAUGCUUUGCACAAGGCUGACUGUCUUGAGCAGGCGGCAAUAGUGGGUGCUGUGUUGAGGGAAACAGCGAAGUCUCAGCAUGCUUCAAGAUCCUUAUGACAUCAGUCUUGUCGUUUAUGUUGAUUACUGGCUACGCCAUACUUAUUUGGUGAUUCAGUCGCACAAGGCCCAUGCAAUUUUGCUGGAGAAUUAAUUUACAUGAUAGAGAGCACCAGUCGAUAUGUGUUCCUUAUUCUCAUGCAUUCUUGUAAACAGUGGGGUUUGCACCCUUUGAUUUAUGUGAUAGAGAGCAGGAGCCGAUAUGCAUUCUUUAUCUCGUGAAUACUUAUAAAACACAUGGAUUUCACCAUGUGGAGGUACUUCCUAAUCUGUUCAGUAAUAAAUCUUAGAUGUUUGCACAUUAGAAAA